CAUUGCAAUAGCGGAGUCAGUGGCUCGGUCCCGAGCUCUCUCUCACCGGGCACCGGGACUCGGUCCCGAGCUCUCUCUCAUCGGGCACCGGUGGCACAGUCCCGGGCUGUCUCUCACCGGACACCGGGGGCACAGUCCCGGGCUGUCUCUCACCGGACACCGGGGGCACAGUCCCGGGACAGAGCUGCUCUCUCCGGGAUGGCACGGCGGCGCGAUGAGUCGGGCAGCCCAGCUGCAGAGUGCAGUCUGGAGGCGGGCAGCCGGGAGAUGAGUGAGCCGUGGAAAGGUGCUCUGGGCUGUGUGGGGGUGGCCCUGCUCUUCCUCAUGACUAUCGGUGUACUGUACUGGCAAGUGGCCGAACGGCCGGAGCCUGCCUGGCUGCUCAAGGGCCAGCUCAGCGGGUUGGUGUGGCACAGCAAGAGGUCAGUGCUGGCACUUCGAUCCGUGUUCGGGGAGCAGUCUUUCGCCCUCAUCCAGCCUCGGCACCUCCCCCUUUCCGGACACACGCUCCUUACCAACCGCUGCUGGUACAACCAGAGCCUCCUGUGCUCCAGCUGGGAUGGCGUGAGUGAGCUACAGAUCCUGCUGGAACCCAUCAACCAAAGCCUGGCCGAAUGUUACCGAGUGGAGUGGACCCCCAGACACUGCCAAGUGGCUCUCAAGGAUUGUUUUUCCAUGGACAAUGUGUCAUGGUAUGGAGGAGGAAGCAUGCAUUCUCAAUACUGGCCCAUUAACAAUGCUGACAUUGACUCCCAACCUUUCAUCAUCAGCAACCUACAGGACACCCCCUCAGGCUACGGAUCUGUGUUAGAGAGGUAUUUCCUUGGAUCAACAGGUGUGGCAGUUCAAAUUCACCCAGAAGUCCCACUACACAUUGGGAUUGAGAGCAAGAAGUGGCUAUGCCUGGGGGUUCCGCCAAAUGCUGAGAUGGUACCUCUGAGGUACACCAUGUGUGUCAGUGACAACCUCACAGCAGUCCACCAGCAAGUUGGAAGAAUGAUCCCUGCGGCUCUCCCAGAUACUGACAUCCUACAGCUUCCAUUCUGGAGAUUACAGAAAGCUGCUGAUAUCAUUGCAAAACUCGAGCACAAUGCCAGAUCAUUGUCCAACAAACUGAAGCAGCAUCAGCUGGGAGAUGGAGUCCUCGAUCUCACUGAGCAAUACACACAGCUGUUACUUGCAGAGGAACACAGUGCGACUGACAGCACAGGGAAGACUCUCAUUCCACACCGCAGAUACCUGAACUUGCAUCAGCUGAGACUGUGCAUCACACUCUCCCCUUAUAUCAGCAUUGACUCCAACCAGUUCCAGACAAUCCUACAGGAAGGGAGGGAAAAUUUCUGGAUCAGCCUUCCAGCAACAUCACAUUCAUCUCAGGUUCCUUUUGUGAUGAAGUGGAGGGGGACGUUUGUCGUCAAGUUAAAUCUCAGUAAUGAGGAAGCACGCAACUGGUUCGUGGCCCAGGCCCACAGACUUCACAGAAGGUUAGAUGUCAAAUACAUCACGCUGGAAGGAGGAGAGGGAAGGCCCAAUAUCAACGGGGUUCAGCAUCAUUCCUGGCAGCUCAGCAGUGAUGAAUAUAUCACCCAGUUCACACUGCUGGCUGAGAAACUGGGAAAUACAACCAUUAUAUCAACUGCUACUCAGACUGCUCAUAUCCCUGUCUUUGUUCGGAUGGCUCCUCGCCAGUCAGACUGGAGUUAUGCAGGACUGAAGGGAGUCAUUCCCACUGUUCUUCACUACAGCUUGCUGGGUUACAGUUUCUUCAUUCCGGAUGCUGUAGGAGGCUCGCUGACAAAGGGGUUCCUCGCAGAUGAGGAACUAUUCAUUCGUUGGUUGCAGAUCGUGACCUUCUUACCAGUAAUGGCGUUCAGUACCCCACCCUGGGUCUUCGGUGAGAACUGGAUUGUGAACAUGACUCAGAUGUGCAUACAAAGACACCAGAGCUUUGUGGUGCCACUCAUUAGAAAACAGGCUGUAGAGCUGGCAUCCCUCGGGCACCCUGUGUUUCGACCAUUGUGGUGGGUCAGUCCAGAUGACCCAAAGACAUUGACCAUUGAUGAUGAGUUUCUGAUUGGAGAUGAGGUACUGGUGGCACCAGUGACGGCACCAGGCAGAGUUCACAGAGACAUCUACCUGCCAGGAAGCAGCUACCAGUGGAAGGAUGUGAGCACUGCCCAGGUAUUUGAUGGUGGUACUCUCCUGCAGGAUUAUCCAGUGCCUCUGACCGAUGUGCCAGUUUUUGUCAGGCAGGACUCUGGAGACAGUCAGCAAACUGCAUCCUAGGUCCAUGAAGAGACCAAAACCGUUCCUAAUUCCUGGAGAAGCAGAUGCCUUCCUGAUCGGAGGGUGACUGCCCACAGUCUCCUGAAUGUC